AUGGCUAAGCUUAACAUCCCCUGGUCAAAUGUGAAUAGUGAGAGUGAUAUAAUCAACGCACUAGUAUGGAACCGAUGGAUACUACGAAUUCUCGGAAUCUGGCCAUUGGUUUAUUCGAAUACUACAACGAUCGAGAAGAUAAUAGCGACGAUAUCAUUCGCGUUAUGCUGGUCCGCGCUCAGUUUCCUUAUAAUUCCCAUGGCCAUUUUUACAUUGUCUGAACAAACGACUAUAAACGACAAAAUCAAAAUGCUAGGUCCGCUAAGCUACGUAUUAAUCUCGACGCUAAAAUAUUUUUUUCUGGUGAUUCAUCGUAAAAGCAUACGGCAAUGCAUUCACGUAUUAAGUACCGAUUGGCGUGCAGUCCAGCAACAGAAUUAUCGAAAAAUUAUGAUUAAAAAUGUGGCAAAAAGCCAUAUGUUAUCCAAGUUUUGUAUAAUGUUCAUGUAUUGCGGAGGCGUGUGCUUUCACUCCGUAAUGCCGUUUCUGGCGCACACCACAAUCGACAAGCAGAAUGUCACUGUUAAACCAAUACCUUGCCCCGGGUUCGAUAUUAUUUUCGAUUUACAUUUUACUCCGGUCUAUGUACUUGUAUUUUGCGCACAAUGGUUAUCCGGUAUGGUACUGUUCAACGUCACCACGGCAGUGUGUUGCUUGGCAGCCAUGUUCGUAGCUCACGCUUGCGGUCAAAUCGAGAUCGUGAUGGCUCGCGUCGAAAAUUUUGUGAAAAAUGCACAAAGCAGUCGCAUGAAGCAACGUAUGGCAAUUAUCGUGAAACACCAUAUGCAGUCGUUGAGAUUUUCAGUCAGUAUCGAUAAUAUUUUACGUGAAAUAUGUCUGGUUGAAAUAGUGGGUACAACGUUAACUAUAUGCCUGUUGGAAUAUUACUGCAUCAUGUGCAGCAAAGUUGGAUUUGCUUCAUAUAAAAUCGAGUGGUACCAUUUACCAGGAAAAAUUGCACUCGAUCUUAUUUUAAUGAUCAGCAUAUCACAUCAUCCGAUAAAAAUUACUGCAGGAAAAAUUAUUAAUCUUUCGUUCUCAAGUUUUGGCUCUGUACUGAAAACUUCGAUUGCAUAUCUAAACAUGCUCCGAACAUUCGUUUAA